UAUUCCUAUUUCUAUUAUGUCAUAUAUGUGAAGCUCGGUAGGGAGUACUAAGUAUUUAUGUAUAUACUAUUUUAAAGUUUGUUAACUCUACUAAUCUACCUAUGAAAUUUUUUGCAGAUAUAUAUAAAAUGAUAUGAAAACGUGUGUGCAGGUAUAUUCAUUUUAGAGAUUUUAAUCACAGUUAACAUACAUUUGAUAUUAAACAUGUUCUAUGAAAUCUGUACUUUUAUAAAUUGUGCUAAGUUUAUGUGCAAAUGUGAAAUCUAUAUUUUUAUACAAUGUGCAAGUUUAGGUGACUUUGAUUUGAAAAAAAAAUAUAUGGGAUUAAAAUAGUAAUUUAUUUUGAUAUGAUGAUAAUCAUUAUAGUUUUAUGAUCAAAAUUUUUGGAAUAGUAAAAAUGAUUGACCUGUGCGAAAGCACAGGAGGUAAUACUAGUAAAAAAGAAAAAAUUGGGAGAGUAUUUGAGCUGCCAACUUUAUACCGCUUGAACCAAUUUUGUUUUGCUAGAUCUGCUAAAUAAGCUAGAUUUUUUUUUUUUUUCAUUUCAAGCUUAGAGCUCUUCUAAUUGGACUUGUGUAUAAAAGGUAGCAAGCACUAAAAGAAAAUUUCAUGUUUUCAAGAGAAAAAAAAACAAAAGAAAUCAGUUGUAAAGUUAAUGUAGGCAUCACGAAUAUUGAUAAUGUCAGGGUCUGGGGAAUAACAGAGGGCGUUGGCCAAUGAUUCAACUGUUCCUUGCAAUGCAAGGUAAUAGUUUCUCUCGUUGAAUUACAAUUAAAACCUAUCUCAUUAAUCUCUGACAUGAACCUUAAUUAUUUUGUAAUAAUGAUGAUCUCUGUAGAGAGGACGUGAUGUUAAAGAAAUUUGCAUGUGUUUUCUUUUUUGUUUUCACUCAUCUUCAAUUCGUGUCUCUGACAGCAGAUUUGAUUCGACUCGAUCAGCAAAAACUAUUACUUUGAAGAAAUCUUGGGAAAUAGAAGUUUCCUACUAAGUCGUAUCAUUGAUUCAAACAAACGUGGGCAAUGUGUUCGAUGGAAUGCCUCAGAGAAACCCAGUGAGCUGUAUGGAAGUAUGAAUACCCUGAAUCUGUUCGCACACUAUUAAUGAGUUGACUAUUGGUGAAAAGAUCUUAUUUUGAUUCCAUUUUCUUUACUUUUAAUCAGAGUUUUCAACGCUUAGCAGACUUUUAUUAGUUUAUUCAUUUCUUUUGUGCAGUUUUUUAUUUCUCUGUACAAGACCGGAUUCUAUGGAUGAGAUCACGUAUUCACACGUGCAGCUCGAGUAAUGUAUACGUGCAGAUGAUGAUGAAAAGGCACAGUCUUUACAAGCUGAGUUUGCUUCUGGCGAUGACAAGGAGGAGCUUCGGUCGCAGUGGGCUACAGUUGAGAGAUUACCUACGUAUAAAAGGAUUACUACUGCUCUGUUUCAGAGAAGAGAUGAAUCUUCGGAUAAAGGGAGAGUCAUUGAUGUUACUAAACUUGAGGCUGCUGAGAGACAUUUGCUGAUUGAAAAGCUUGUCAAACAAAUCCAGGCUGAUAACCUCCAUUUACUCAGAAAGAUAAGGAAGAGAAUCGAUGAGUAAGCCAUGUUAUAGUUAUCUGUUUAUGUUAAUGUGUUUUUAUCACAACCUUUUAAUCCGUUGUACCUGUAGGGUUGGUAUAGAGUUACCAACGGUGGAAGUGAGGUUCAGUGACCUUUCUGUUGAAGCGGAAUGUGAGGUAGUUCAUGGAAAGCCUAUCCCCACUCUUUGGAAUAGUGUCAAAGGCAUACUAUCUGUAAGUAACAUUAAAUGUGUUUGCUACAUCGAUCUGGAAAUGGAGGGCUGUUGCCGUUUCCAUGUUCUUUACGGAAGGUUGUUUCUCUGUGUGGCUAAUUCAAAAACACUUGAUGGUUGUUUACAGGAGUUCAUCUGUUCAAAGAAAGAAACCAAGAUAAGCAUCUUAAAAGGCUUGAGCGGUAUCGUAAGGCCUGGAAGGUAAAUUUAUUCAAGAGGCAGUUUCCUAAUAACUUAUGUUGCAAGGAAUAAGAAAUGAAGGGUGAUUGGCUAUCUUGUGUAGUGCUUCUUUUCCUGUAAAAAUAUUUUUAUCACCGAGUUAAAAGAUGGAUUGGUCUUGCUCUCAGAAUGACAUUGUUGCUCGGUCCUCCUGGUUGUGGCAAAACCACUCUGUUACAGGCACUUUCUGGACGACUUGCCCCUUCAGUAAAGGUUGGAGGAGAAGUAAGUUACAAUGGUUGCUUACUUUCAGAGUUUAUUCCAGAGAAAACGUCGAGUUAUAUAAGUCAAAACGAUCUGCAUAUUCCAGAGAUGAGUGUGAGAGAGACGCUCGACUUCUCUGCGUGUUGCCAGGGCAUCGGAAGCCGAAUGGAAAUUAUGAAGGAGAUCAGUAGAAGGGAGAAAGUCCGAGAAAUUGUUCCAGAUCCUGAUAUAGAUGCUUACAUGAAGGCAAUAUCUGUUAUAGGUUUGAAAAACAAUAUGCAAACUGACUAUAUCUUAAAGAUCCUGGGACUCGAUAUCUGUGCAGAUACACGAGUUGGAGAUGCCUCGAGGCCUGGAAUAUCUGGUGGCCAAAAGAGGAGGUUGACAACAGGAGAACUGGUUGUGGGUCCAGCUACGACUCUGUUCAUGGAUGAAAUAUCGAAUGGUUUGGACAGCUCAACUACGUUCCAGAUAGUGUCAUGUCUCCAGCAGUUGGCGCAUAUAGCUGGAGCCACCAUAUUGGUUUCACUUCUUCAGCCUGCACCAGAAACGUUUGAGCUUUUCGACGAUGUGAUUCUGAUGGGCGAAGGAAAGAUAAUUUACCAUGCUCCUCGAGCUGAUAUCUGCAGAUUCUUUGAAGAUUUUGGAUUUAAGUGUCCAGAGAGGAAAGGCGUUGCUGACUUCCUCCAAGAGGUUAUGUCUAAAAAAGAUCAAGAACAAUAUUGGUGCCUGAGAGACAAGCCCUACAGUUAUAUAUCUGUUGAUUCAUUCAUCGACAAGUUUCAAGAAUCAAAUCUUGGGGUUCUGGUAAAGGAAGAACUCUCCAAGCCGUUUCAAAAGUCUCAGUCUCGCAAGGAUGGUUUAUGUUUUAGAAAAUACUCAUUGGGUAAAUGGGAGAUGCUUAAAGCUUGCUCGAGGAGAGAGUAUCUUUUGAUGAAACGCAACUCUUUCAUUUACUUGUUCAAAUCUGGACUGGUAACCUUCCUUCUACUCUCUAAAGAAGGUUCCAUCAUUAUUUACCAUUCUAUGCUCAACCCCCUUUUUUUUCUGCAGUUAGUUUUCAAUGCGCUAGUAACAAUGACCGUUUUUCUACAAGCUGGAGCUACGACGGAUGCUCGUCAUGGGAACUAUCUUAUGGGUUCUCUCUUCACUGCUCUGUUUAGACUUCUUGCUGAUGGGCUUCCAGAGCUCACUUUGACUCUCUCUAGAAUGGGAGUGUUCUGCAAACAAAAAGAUUUAUACUUCUAUCCUGCUUGGGCAUAUGCAAUCCCUUCAAUUUUCUUAAAGAUACCUCUUUCGGUUUUUGACUCGUUCCUUUGGACAUUACUCACAUAUUAUGCCAUUGUUUACAGCCCCGAAGUCGGAAGGUUCUUUCGACAGUUCCUUAUCUUAUUUACAUUCAACAUUUCGUGUGUAUCAAUGUUUCGCGCCAUAGCAGCAAUCUUUCGCACGUUUGUUGCUUCCUCAAUCAUCGGAGCUAUCUCUGUAUUGUUUCUCUCAUCAUUCGGAGGCUUCGUUAUUCCAAAAUCGUCCAUGCCUGCUUGGCUGGAAUGGGGAUUUUGGAUUUCUCCAUUGUCAUAUGCUGAGAUUGGUCUAACUGCAAAUGAAUUUUACGCUCCACGGUGGAGAAAGUUAAUCUCUGGCAACACUACGGCCGGGGAACAAGUGUUAGAUGUACGUGGACUGAAUUUCGGAAGGCACUCUUAUUGGAUAGGUUUUGCGGCUUUAAUCGGGUUUAUAUUCUUCUUCAAUGUCCUCUACGCAUUGGCUUUGACAUAUCGGAAUAAUCCACAAAGAUCCCGUGCUAUUGUCUCUCAUGGGAAGAAUAUUCAGCCCUCAGACGAAGAUUUUAAGCCCUGUCCGUCCCGAGCUAAAACAGGAAAAAUCAUCUUGCCUUUCAAGCCCCUCAAUGUCACAUUUCAAAACGUGCAGUAUCAGAUUGAGACUCCUCAGGGAAAGAAGCGGCAGCUUCUCUCGGAUGUGACAGGCGCAUUGAAGCCCGGAGUUCUCACAUCUCUGAUGGGUGUCAGUGGAGCUGGUAAAACGACUCUUCUUGAUGUCCUUUCUGGAAGGAAAACACGUGGUGACAUCAAAGGAGAGAUCCGAGUUGGAGGGUAUCCUAAGGUUCAAGAAACUUUUGCACGAGUAUCAGGUUACUGUGAACAGUUUGAUAUUCAUUCUCCUAAUAUAACAGUGGAAGAGUCUUUGAAAUACUCUGCUUGGCUUCGACUUCCCUAUAACAUCGAUUCAAAGAUCAAGAAUGAACUCGUCAAUGAAGUUCUUGAGACAGUCGAGCUUGAGGAUAUUAAAUAUUCCAUGGUGGGACUUCCAGGAGUUAGUGGUUUAUCCACAGAACAACGCAAAAGGCUGACUAUAGCUGUGGAGCUUGUUGCUAACCCUUCCAUCAUAUUUAUGGAUGAACCUACCACAGGGCUAGACGCAAGAGCCGCUGCCAUUGUUAUGAGGGCUGUGAAAAAUGUUGCUGAGACUGGGAGAACGGUUGUUUGCACGAUCCACCAGCCGAGCAUAGAUAUCUUCGAGACAUUUGAUGAGCUGAUCCUAAUGAAAAACGGGGGACAGCUUGUCUACUAUGGCCCUCUUGGAAAACAUUCAAGUAAAGUUAUAGACUACUUUGAGAGAAUUCCUGGAGUUCCAAAGAUCCAAAAGAACUGUAAUCCAGCCACCUGGAUGUUAGAUAUUACUAGUAAAUAUACAGAGGAACAACUUGGAAUGGAUUUUGCACAAGCAUACAAGGAUUCAACUCUGUACAAGGAGAACAAACUGGUGGUUGAGAAACUGAGUUCUUCGUCUUUGGGAUCAGAAGAUUUGAGCUUUCCUUCGCGUUUUUCACAGACAGGUUGGGGGCAACUAAAGGCUUGCCUUUGGAAACAACAUUGCUCGUAUUGGAGAAACCCUUCUCACAAUCUCACUCGCAUAGUCUUCAUGUUUCUCAACUCUACGUUAUGUGGCCUUCUCUUCUGGCAAAAAGCUAAGGACAUAAAUAAUCAGCAAGAUCUUUUCAGCAUAUUUGGCUCAAUGUACACUCUAGUAAUCUUCUCGGGUAUAAACAACUGUGCAACAGUGAUGAACUUCAUUGCAACCGAACGCAACGUUUUCUACCGUGAAAGGUUUGCUCGGAUGUAUUCCUCAUGGGCAUACUCAUUUUCUCAGGUCCUUGUUGAGAUUCCAUACUCAUUACUCCAGUCCCUUCUAUGUACUAUAAUCGUAUAUCCAAUGAUCGGUUACCAUAUGUCAGUCUACAAAAUGUUUUGGAGCUGGUACAGCACUUUUUGCUCGUUGCUUGUCUUCAACUACUGUGGCAUGCUUAUGGUCGCUUUGACGCCUAACAUCCAUAUGGCAUUGACUCUACGGACGACUUUUUUCUCCAUGGUAAAUCUGUUUGCUGGCUUUACCAUUCCGAAACAGAAAAUCCCAAAAUGGUGGAUAUGGAUGUACUACUUGAGCCCCACAUCAUGGGUGUUGGAAGGCUUACUGAAUUCGCAGUACGGAGAUGUUGACAAAGAGAUAAUAGCAUUUGGUGAGACGAAGAGAGUUUCAGCUUUCCUGGUGGAUUACUUUGGUUACAGACAUGACUCGUUGGCUCUUGUAGCGUUUGUCCUCAUCGCUUUCCCCAUUGUCGUGGCUUCUCUUUUUGCCUUCUUCAUGAGCAAACUCAAUUUCCAAAAGAAAUAG